UCGAAUCCGUACAAGCUUUGAUAGUUCGGAAAUGAGUUGAUAAGUAGUGACGCUGAGUUAGCUGUACCGGUAUUCUGCCUGAAAUCUUCCAAGAUUUUUUAAUACUGGUACUCAUAGCCAGACAGAAGUGAAGUGUGGAUUGACUGGGAGUCCCACAUUUUCUGAUUUAUCAUGCAGGAAUAUUUCUCAUUCAACAAUUUGCCUUUUACAUUUGUAUUUGAGCCAUGGUACAUUGGAACAUCAUUGGCACUUGGCUUCACUUGUUUAUCUAUUGGUGCAGUUGCUCUUUUGUUUGAAGGAAUAAGAGUGUUUCGUGUAUGGGUAAAAACAUAUUUUCAUGUAUCACCGCUUAUUCCUAUCUUAUCACCACAACUUGCUAUCUCUGGUAUUACACAAUCUGAUGCUGCAAUUCCUGUUAACCAAUCUUAUAUUAGAAGUAAUAGGAUCUAUAAUCAUGUGAUUCAGACUUUCAUUCAUGGAACACGGUUAGCGCUUGGAUAUUAUCUGAUGUUGGCAAUCAUGACUUUUAAUUCUUAUAUUGCGAUAGCCAUCAUCGGUGGAGCUUGUCUCGGUUAUUUCUUGUUUUGUCAUGAACUAACAAAAUGGCAUGAACCAGAUGUACCGGUAUGUCAAUCUCGGGUUAAUGGAUCAGUGGCAACUACUUCUAGUACAGUGAAUUCAACUCCACCCUGUGAAGAGUCCCACCCCAUGCUUCGGACAUGUUCAAAAGCAAGUACUUCUCUUAAUAGUGAUAUCGCUAUUGAAAGAACGUAGUGAUUUUAAAAAACUCUUUUCUUCAAUAUAAUGCUUAUAAAAAUAUUUAUCUCAGAAUUCCAGAAUUAUACAGUUUAACUUAAUACUAUUUUAUUUUCAAAAUACAGUUCCAGCUGAUGACAGCAUUUGCAUUAGUGUUUUUCUUUGUUAUUGUUUCAUACAAUAUUUAUUGCAACAAACUGCCUAACACUUACAGUCAGAUAAAUUUUUUUUAUAAACAAGCGAGCCCCUGUUUCAACAUUUGAUAUAAACAUUGGGGAUUUAAAACUGAUUCCACACAGAAAAAAUAAAUAAUGCCAUGGCCGAUUAUUGAUAAAUCAGAAUGUGGCCUCUACGCCAAAGCAUGAAUUAGCAAAAUGGAAUUCAUGUACAUUUCAGACUUUGACAAGUAUAAAGAUUAUGCAGUACUGCACUCCUUUAUAUCUUCCCGCACAACUUAUUAUAUCAAUCUAAGCAUAUUUCAAAUUAUGCUUAUUACAAUAACGGAAAAAACUUUUUCCUAUUGUCUUUUCAUUAGUAUAUAAAGAUUUCCAAGUAUAUAAGGUGCAGUUUGGGGGGCUUUAUGUACCUCGUAAUUUUACACAUACCGUAAUUAGGAGUAUUGGAAAAGUGACUGAUUGUGAUACCAACUCCCAGGUUUCGGGGCUCGCUAUGCACUUUGGCUAAAUUCUUUUGGAAACGGGCAACCUGUUGCACUAAAACGAAUACUACCUAUUAUUAUUAAUAAUCUAAUGAUUGUGGUAUAUACAGUUCCAAUUAAUUUAGACAUCUGUCAUGCUGUAAUUAUAUACUAAUAUUGUACAUACAUAAUUGAUUGUUCCACCUGUCAGGAAUAUAUUAAUGCUCUCAUAUUGGAUGGUUCUGAAAACUGUGGCUUCGGUAUAUACCAGGCUGUGAUGACGACAUCCAAAAAUCAAUUUUCAAACUUUUUGAAAUCCGUCUUAUAGUCUUUGGGCCGCAAGAUUUCAUCCCAAUGGGAGAUUGCUGUGAAAAUGUAUCGCGAUCCUAUCAUGAGUUAGAUUUAAUCCGAAUGUUUUGUGCUUCUAUAGCAACUAAUAGACUUAAUUAUUGCUAUAGUUACCUAAGUCAAUUGAAGCGUUGCGUAUUAAGUAAUCAAAUGUGGCCCUCUAUACAUUUCCACUGUCGGUAUGAAUACUGUUUACUUAUGAAGUUCAUAAUAAGAAUAUUAUUAUUUAUAUAGCUAUAAUCUAUUUUACUCCGUUUUCAAAUUUAUUUCACUCAAAAAUAUUAACUAACAACAAUUGCGCACAACCUAAUAUCAGAAGCAAUGUGAAGAGUGUUACAAUGUGCUCAAAGCAUUAUUAGUUGGUUGUCAUGAUUCUUUUUAAUUUGUGGUCUAUACUCUACAAAGGGGAUAAUUGACGCGCAGGAAGCACAUCAAGAUAUGUGUUUUGUGUUGCCGAGAUUAUUUGACAUUAUUGCUUUGCGAUAAGCAGGAAUGGAUUGCAUGUACGGAUUCGCUUUUGCUUUUGAUUCCUUAUACAAAAUGCGGUUUUAGACUGAACAUGUUUUUGUAGUUAUUUUUCUGAAUGGCAAUCAUGAGACUUUUUUCUUAUAUGCUGUUGUAUAAACUUCACAAUAUUAAUGUAUAUGUGCGUUUCCGAUGUUUGUUCUAAUAAAUGGUUGGUCUACAGUUCUUUAAAA